AUGGGCAACAUUCUUAAUCAAACUCCCGUGGCGGAGGAGCGCGGUGCUAGUGGCGGCUCGGCCAAAGGAUCAACGGACGGUUACCAGGUUGUCGAAAAGGCACUGGGAGAGCCGCGUGAUUUGCGAAUUAUCACUGUAGGUGCAGGUGCUUCAGGUUUAAAUCUCGCCUACCAGAUCAACAAGCACAUGCAGCAAGUCACGCACAUUGUUUACGAGAAGAACCCUGAAGUGGGAGGCACGUGUUACUCUUCUGCACCCGAGAUCUUGGAGUAUUUUAAAAGGCUGGCAGCAAAAUACGAGUUAUACCGAUUCAUAAAGCUCAGCCACAAGGUCAUCAACGCCACGUGGGAUGGAGAGGGGGGUAUUUGGAAUGUAAAGAUUGAGAAUGUAAGCGAUGGGUCUGUCAUCAACGAUUGGUGUCAUUUCCUCAUCAGUGGCUCCGGAAUUCUAAACAACUGGAAGUGGCCGGACAUCCCUGGACUCCACUCCUUUAGAGGCCAACUUCUUCACAGCGCGGCGUGGGAUCCAUCGGCAGACUGGCGAGGAAAGUCUGUGGCCGUCCUUGGCUCUGGAUCGUCCGGGGUCCAAAUUGCUCCCACAAUACAACCCGGGUCGGUCGCUUACCGAUCAUUAGGUGUUAAGAAGCUGAUAACUUUCAUCCGAACACCAACCUGGAUUACCGCCGGCUUUGCCCAGAGCAAAGCAGGCCCAGGUGGAUCAAACUUUUCCUGUAUAGUGCCCCAGCAAACUAUUAGCAUUCAUUCGCUAAACCUAGGUACAGUCUCCGAGGAGCAAAAGCAGACCUUUAGAACGGACCCGGAAGCCUACAUGGACUACCGUAAAGACAUCGAAUCUGAGCUGAACUCUCGAUUUAAACUUAUUAUCAAGGAUAGCCCUGAACAGGAGGAAGCAGUGAGGUUCUCCAGCAAUGAGAUGGAGGAAAAACUGGGAAAAGACUCCCCCCUACUAAGGCAUAUGCUACCGACCUUUGCCGUUGGUUGCCGACGUCCCACGCCAGGGAAUGGAUACCUGGAGGCGCUUACCAAAGAAAAUGUUCGUGUGGUGACAGACGCCAUCUCGCAAAUUGUCCCAGAGGGCAUCAAGACCUCGACUGGAGAGAUCUUGAAAGUUGACAUGUUCAUAUGUGCCACGGGGUUCGAUAUAUCAUUUUGCCCCAGAUAUCCAGUGAUAGGAGAGCACGGCAUUUCACUUGGGGACCAGUGGAAAGACAAACCCGAGGCUUACUUGUCUCUAGCUGUCCCAAACUUCCCAAACCACUUUAAGCACGCUGCCAAGUAUAUUAUUCAGAUACUUUAUAAAUGCCAGACAGAAGGCAUUCAAUCGAUUGCUCCUAAGCAGGAAGCUGUAGCGGAUUUCGCUGAGCAUAUCGACAUCUUCAUGAAGCGCACUGCCUGGAGUACGCACUGUCGAUCGUGGUUCAAGAACGGGAAAGUUGAUGGGCCAAUCGUUGCCUUGCACCCGGGUAGCAGAUUACACUGGUUUCAUAUGCUUGAGAAGCCGCGCUUCGAGGACUUUAACUGGCAGACCUUUGGUAGAAAUCGCUUUGCCUAUCUCGGUAACGGUUUCUCGACUAAAGAGAAUCCUGGGAGCGAUACUACAUAUUAUUUUGACAGUCCACUCGAAGGCUACAGGAACAUUACGUAUUAA